AUGGCAGAUUCAUUAAAUAAAGAUACUGAAAUAGGUAAAGAUAAAGUAACAGGAGCUACAUCGGAAACUAGUAAUGAAGCUAGUCACAGUACUGAUGCUACAAAAGAUAAAGUUGAUGAAAAUAAAUCUGAAACAUCGAAAGAAUCAAAUAAAAAUAGUGUUGAACAUGAUGUUAAAAGUUUUGUUGAAGCCGUUAAAGAAAAAGCUGCUGAAGCAUACAACUAUGUUGCUGGUGGUGAAGGCGAAGGAAAAGGUCUUGUUGGAACUGUAAAAGAAAAGGCUGCCGAAGCUUACCAUUAUGUUGCUGAAAAAGUUACUGAAGCAACACAUGCUGUAACUGGUGAUUCUCAUAAAGAAGUAGCUAAGGAUUCCAAUCAAUCAAGUGGUGCAAAUGCAACUGCUGAUGUUGCUACGGACAAGGUUAAUGAGAAACCAAACGAAGUUCAAAAUUUAAAAACGAGGAAUCGUUAUUAUACAGAAGAUGUCUUUCUUGAUUUAACAACAGAUUAUAAUCGUAGAAGAUUUGUUCAAAGUGAACUUGUUUCAAAUGCUAUUAAAAAUAUUAAUAAUAAUAUAUCUGAAAGACUUAGUUUAUUAAUAUUAACAGUCGCUGCUCGUUGUGUUCAUCAUGUUACACCAGAUAAACGUGUUCAAUUAUUAGAAGAAGCAUGGAAAACAUUAAAUGAUAAAAAGGUUCGAUUAACAACGCGUCAUUAUGAAACAUAUUUAAGUGGUCUUAAUGAAAAUGGUUUUAUAUUUGAUGCUGAUUAUUAUUUAAAAUUAAUUGAUAGUGAACAAAUACAAGCAACACCUCGUCUCUAUAGUUUACUUUUAACUCAAUAUUGUCGUGAAGGUAAUACAGAUCGUGCACAAAAUUUUUUAAAAAUGCUCAAAGAACGUAAUGUAAGCAUUGAUGAAGAUAUAUUUGCUGCAUUAGUUGUUUGUCAACUUAAACUUGGUAAUGAUAAAGGUGCUAAUGAUAUAAUACAAAUAAUGAAAGAACGUGGUUUACAACCAACUAUAUCAACAUAUAAAGAAAUUUUAACAGCACUUAUUAGCGAACAUAAAUUAGAACAAUUUGAAUAUUAUUUUGGUCAAAUUGAAUCUCAACAACGUCAAACAUCAUCAUCAACUGUUUAUAUUGAUGCACAUUUUGUUGUUAUUUUACUUGGACAAUGUAUUUCAUAUAAAGAACGUCCAAUAUUUGAUUUAUUAUUAAAUACAUUAAAAGAACUUGAUCAUGGACGUAUGUCAAAUAAUUUAUUUAAUUUAGCUCUGCAAUGUGUAACAAAUGAAUGGCAUGAAUCAGCUAUUGAAUUAUUAAAAAUGCAAUCGGAAGCUGAAUCAAUCGAUGAAGAAAUAUCACCUUAUCAAGGAAUUAAUGGACGUCAUUGGAUACUCUUUUUCAGACAAUUAGUUGAUAAUAAAGAACCUCAUCUAAUGGAUAUAUAUCUUAAAUUAAUGAUGGAAAAAAAUUUAGUACCACUUGAUGGUAUUCUUCGUGUUUUAUAUACAACACCAAAUGAAAAUUAUCCUUUAGCACUUAAUUAUCUUGAACGUGGACAAGAAUUAAAUCAUCCAAUGCGUACAAAUUAUUUUUAUCCAAUUCUAUUAAAUAUAUAUUCAUCAGAAACGUGUCAAAAUUGGACAGAUAAUGAUCGUUUACGUUUAUUUCGUUUACUUGAUCGUCUAUCUAUACCAAUUGAAUCAUUAACAUAUUCAAGACUAAUACAAUCAAUAUUUCAUCAAUAUUAUCAAAAUGAUUUUACAUCAUUAUUUAAUAUGUUAUCAAAAAAUAAUCUACAAUCAAUACUUGAUCGUAUAUGUCGUUUAUUAUUAAAUGAUAUACGACGAAAUAUGCUUCAAAUAAAUGUAAUUGAACAAAUAGCACCAUUUUUUCGUUUACAUGUACGUUCAAGACAAGAAGAAUUUGCAAGAUAUUUAUUUUCUACAAUGACUGGUAUAUCAACAAAAUCAGAUGAACAUAAUGAUGAAGAAAUCAAUAAAAAUUCUCAAAGAAAAUCUAUGAAUGAUUAUACAACAAUAUUUCAAUUAAUUGAUUCAAUAUCAAAAAAUUUAUCAAAUGAUAUUCCAAUGCUUAAACAUGAAUUAUAUAUAUAUUUACUUCGUCUUUCAGCUCAACAUCGUCGAACAGAUUUAACAUCACGAUUAGCUGAACAAUGUAUAAAAGAUAAUCUUAAAAUUGGUGGUUCAAUGAAUGAAAUUGAUAUAUUAACUAGUUAUACAUUACCACGUGAUAUUGUUGAACAAUUAGCACGUUAUAAACCAGGUGAAAUGUCAUGGAAAGAAAAAGUUUCAACUAUGGAUUUACAAAAAGCAAAUCGUCAACAAUUAGAAGAACUUUAUCAAGAAGCAAAACAAGAUGGAAAAUAUCCAUUUAAUUUACAACAACGAUUACUAGAUAAUUAUAUUCAAAAAAACUCUAUAAAAAAAGCAUUUACUAUUUUACAUGAAAUGGUUUCAAAUAGACAUCAGAAAAAAACAAGUCCACAAGAUCUUGUACAAUAUUAUUCUGAUGCUAUGAGAGAAAACAGCAAUAUACCUUAUCUUCAUUUAUUUAAAUUAUUUAUUGAAAAAAAUGAAUUAAAUCGUUUACAAGAUAUUGUUGAUAUAGCAACAUUACAACAUGGUUCACGUAAUGUUUUACAUGAUCUUGCUUUUACAUUAAUAGAAGGUGAAAAAAUAAAACAAGCUGAAAAAAUUUUUCGAACACCAUGGCUUAAAGCAAGAAAUAGUCGAAUUAAUUUACAUGCUUUACUUUUUGCUGAUUCAAAUAAUCUCGAUGCAUUAAUUGAAGCUAUAAAAUUAACACGAAAUUUACCUGGUGUUAAUCAAAGUCAAUUAUUUACAUCAGCUAUUCGUGUGGCUUUACGUCUUAAUCAAUCUGAUAUGAUCGAUUGGUUAAUCAAAGAAAUACAAGAAAAUCGAAUUCAACUUGAUAUUCGAAUAAAAAAAUAUCUUGAUGCUCAUUUAUUAUCAAAAGGUCUUGACCCAUUAAAUAUCGAAGCUUAUAAAAGUCAAAAUAAAAAUGAAAAAGACUCAAUUUCUUCUGCUUCUGAUGAUUACGAUGGUAUGAACAUUCUAUUAUCAUUGUAA